AUGUCAACACCAACCAGAAGAAAAAUAAUGCGGGACAUGAAAAAGCUGCUAGAAGACCCGCUUGACGACAUUAUGGCGGCUCCCAGCAAGGAGGACAUAAUGGACUGGAGAGCCAUUAUAUUCGGGCCUGUGGACACCCCGUUUGAGGAAGGAGUGUUUGAGCUGAAAAUACAGUUUACAGAAUCGUAUCCACAGCACCCGCCGGAAGUGUCGUUCUUAACGGAAAUCUUCCAUCCUAACGUAUAUCCAAACGGGGAGCUGUGCUUGGACAUCCUUAAAAACAAGUGGAACUCUGCAUACGGGAUUGGGCAGGUCCUUCUGUGCAUACAGUCGCUGCUCAACGACCCAAACACAGACUCUCCAGCGAACUCAAACGCGUCGGAUCUCUACCUGAAUAACCCGCUGGAGUAUUACAAGAAAGUGCGGGACGCCGUAGAAAAGUCAUGGGUGCAGAAGGUGAGCAUGCGCUAG